AUGUGUGGAUUUUGCACAUCAGCAACGUUCACUCCCAGUGAUUUUCUAAUUUGUAAUUUAUUGCUAAUAUAAUGAAAACCUCUCAGUUUUAGAACAGAAACAUUAAUUUCUUAGAAGUUUAAAAUCCUCAAAAUGUCCACUUCGAUAAAUUCGGAAGAUUUAGAAUUUAUUGAAGACGAACUGCACUUUGACGACAAGGUUUCGCUACUUUUCCUACUGUAUGGACACCGCAAUCCAAAGUAUCUCCUUCAAAUUCUGACCGUGGCCAUCCGAGCACCCGACGCGAAAACUCAGUUCCUCUCGGAAUGGGCGAACCUUGUAUCAGCGAAAGACGGCGAUCGAUGGCAGCCGGAACUGCUGGAAGCGCUCGCUAUAGUGCAAGCCAAUUUGUGCCUUCUGAAGUGCGGCUUCGAUGAGGAAGAACUUCGGGGUCAGUUUCUACCGCACGUUCCAGAACUGGCCACGCAUGUUCAUCCGAUUUUAAAGGGAUUGCUGCUGUUAUGCGAGAAAAUCGAUUUCGAGACGGGCCGAAAGCUGACCGAAUAUCUCAAGCAGAAUCAUGAUCCGUUGGUGGUGCAGCAUAAUUGGUUGGAGAUGGUUCUGUUGGAGCUGAUUGGGCAGGGAUUGGUGACGUUGGGAUCCAAGGCGCCAGGCAUGGAAUGUGAUUUGGGGAAUUUGAUUGCUGCGUUCAAAGGAUUGGAAUUGGAAGGGUUGAGGGAUUUUUGUAAGAAUAUAGAAAGUAGCUUCAAUCGGGAUUUUCAAUUGGAGAAGAAUCAGUCGGAUGAUGCCAGAAGUAGCUUGAUUUCGGAAGUGAAAGGGAAGCCAGUCGAAAGUAUAGAUCAGUUGGAAAGGUAUAUCAUUACAAGAAAUAAUGCGGGUUUGAUUCUGAUUGUUAACCAGUUUAAGUUCUAUCGGGAAACUAACCCGGAACUGAUUGAACUGCUUCCGUCGGAGCCACUGAAGAACCGACGAGGAACAGAGGUCGACAAGCUGGCUAUCCUGAAUCUGUUUACGGACUUUGGAUAUGAACCGAUUGUGGUAGAGAACAUUCCCCACUUGGAGAUACUAAAACAGGUGGAAAAAGCGGUGGAUCAGGUCAAACAAAGCCACUGUUCGUUGGUGGUUUGCCUUCUGUCGCACGGCCAGGAGGGAAAGGUUUAUGGAAGCAAUAGCAUUCCGCUUAAUGUUAAAGCCAUCGAGCGGAAGAUGGCUUCCGGGAAGAUGACCGGCAAGCCGAAGCUUCUGUUCGUGCAAGCUUGCCAAGGAUCCGGACUGCAGACCGCUGUGGAUGUGGUUCCUCGGUUGGAGCACGAUGGACCGUCAUCCGAAACGACGGCUUCGGUAUUUGUGGACUUUCUGGUGGCUUGGUCGACCGUACCGGGGUUCGCUUCCAUUCGACAUAUCGAGAAGGGAUCCUGGUUCAUUCAGGAACUGUGCUUGAAGAUGAAGCAACUACACAAACGGGACCACCUGAUGGACAUUCUAACGGCUGUGAUAAACGAUGUUUCGGCGAAGCGUGGCUACGAAAACGAAUGCAUGGUCCCAAUUAUCUACAGUACCCUACGCAAAAAGCUGUACUUUGAACCUUUGCAAGUUGCCAAUUGAUGGUGAUAUGACUACAAAACUAAAAUCCACACCAGU